AUGAAGAUCAAGACUGAACUCCACGAGUACGCUCAACGCCGCGGUACUACGGGGCCAUACGCCGACAAUCUCGAUGUCGACGCCCUUGUUGUGGGCGGCGGGUUUGGUGGCAUCUACUGCUGGUAUGAGCUGAAGAAGGCGGGCUUCCACACUGUCAUCUAUGAAGCAGGCAAUGACCUUGGCGGCACCUGGAGAUGGAACUGCUACCCAGGGGCUGGCGUGGACUCUGAGAUCCCAGAAUAUCAGCUCUCUAUCCCAGAGACUUACAAGGACUGGGUGUGGCCCAGCAACUAUCCCGACUACAAAGACCUGCGUGCAUACUUUGAUCAUUGCGACAAAGUCCUUGGUAUCAAGAAGGAGACCGCCUUCAAUAGUGUUGUGGUUGACGCCCAGUUCAACACCCGAGAGGGCAAAUGGACGAUCAAAACCGCUGAUGGCCGCGCAGCAAAGGCCAAGUACUUUGUGGUUGCGGCAGGCUUCGCUGCUAAGCGUUACAUUCCAGAUGAAUUUGUGGGAAUUGAUGACUUCCAAGGUAUUGUGCACCACUCUUCUUUCUGGCCCGACAUGAACAUCGACGUUCGCGGAAAGAAGUGUGCUGUCAUCGGUACAGGUGCGUCCGGUGUACAAAUCACGCAGGCUUGGGGUCCUGUUGCUGGCGAGCUCAAGGUUUUCCAACGCACACCCAACCUAGCCGUUCCUAUGCGGAAGAGAAGUCUCACCGCUAAAGAGCAGAACGACACCAAAGUGUUCUACCCCGAACUCUUCCGUUACCGGGAGAGAAACUUUGGUGGAUUCUUGUAUGGUCUUUACGAGAAGGGCACAUUUGAAGACACCGAAGAAGAGCGAGAGAAGUUUUACCAGAAAUUAUGGGACGAAGGAGGUUUCCGCUUCUGGCUGGCCAACUACAAGGACUACCUCUUUGACAUGAAAGCUAACAGGAAGGCGUAUGACUUUUGGGCUAAGAACGUGCGCACCCGCAUUGGCGACCCCAGACUUCGAGACCUCCUCGCUCCACUAGAACCGCCUCACCCCUUCGGCGUCAAGCGUCCCUGUCUCGAACAGACCUACUACGAACAGUUCAACCGUCCGAACGUAGAUGUUGUUGACAUCAAGAACAACCCAAUCGUUGGUUUUACCUCCAAAGGCAUCAAACUGCAAGACGGCACAGUCCAUGAGUUCGAUGUCGUCGUUAUCGCUACUGGUUUUGACAUCACUACUGGCGGCAUGACAUCUAUGGGUCUCAAGAACAUUGACGGCGUGACUUUGCAGUCUCAGUGGAAGAAGGCGGCAUAUACAUACCUCGGUACUACUAUCGCUGGAUAUCCGAAUAUGUUCCAUCUCUAUGGUCCGCAUGGUCCGACACUUCUUUCCAAUGGUCCGACGAGCGUCGAAGUACAAGGUCGCUGGAUCGUGGAUGCUAUUAAGCAGAUUGAACGACAGGGCUUGAAGUAUGUCAAUCCGACAGACGAUGCAAGUAAGAAGUGGAAGGCGCGCAUCAAUGAGUUGAGCGACAAGAGUCUUUUCCCAACAACGAAGAGUACAUAUAUGGGCGGGAGUAUGCCAGGUAAGGCUUUCGAGCAGGUCAACUACGCUGGAGGGUUGCCGGCGUAUGCGGAUGAGAUCAGAGCCAAGCUGCCAAACUUCGAGGGCUUUGAAAAGGUGAAGAAGUGA